AUGGCGGACGAACUUGAUUACCUGCAGUCAGACUUCGACCUGAAUUCCCUCACCGUGCCUCGACUUCGAUCUAUCCUCGUCAAUCACGAUGUCUCGUAUCCAGCCUCCGCGAAGAAAGCCCAACUCAUCCAGAUUUUGGAAGACGAGGUUCUCCCACAGGCGAGAAGACUCCUGCGGGAUCGCGAAAGAGUUAGGAGGACAAGCGCAGGGAUCACUGAUAUGGGCAGUCGGGCAAGCUCUGUCGUGAGUGAAAGGGAUGAUCGUGAUUCAAUGCCACCGCCCCCAACGCCCUCCACUGUGGCAUCGACAACCGGCACAAGGCCAGGCACAUCGCGGAGAAGUGCCCGUGCAUCAACCGUAGAGACCGAUCGAGGUCUUGCUCCGGCUACACCUGUGACUGCCACAAAGCGGAAGAGCGCUAUGCGCAAGCAUGCUCGUGCUUCUGAUACCGAAACUGGUGACGAUUUGACUGCGACCCCCACUGCUGCAGUGGGUGUAUCGCCUCGAAAAUCUACAGCAAGGAAGCUGAGACGCAGCGAAGUUUUGCCAUCUACUGAGGUGGACGACUAUACCCCAUCUAUCAAAACCGAGCCUAGGAGUGAGAGUGUCUUCACAGACGACAACCCCUUUCAGAGCGGCAGCCCUUCCGAGCCUGCGAGCCGCAGGACCUCUGGCCACAGGAAGAGUGGCUCGCGAUUAUCUACCGAGAGUCCUGUCCCGAGAACUAGCCUGCGGUCCCGGAAAUCAGUCACACCGGCUAGUCUCAAACAACAGGGCGAUAUCAAAGCUCCCAAAAGAGAAUCCUUCGACUUUGCCUCUCGUCUAUUGCCCACUAAAGAAGAGCCAGAGGAGUCUGAAGAGGAUGAAGAUGAAGAGAGCGAACUAAGUGCUGGGGAGGAAUUUACCCCAGAGGAACAAUUAGCUCUGGAGAGUGAACAGUACGCACCACUCACUCAGGCGCGAAAACCUGCAAAGAAGCAGAGCUCUUUUAGCACCAUGGCCUCCUGGCUCAUUAUUAUUUCGGUACUUGGCAGCUUCUGUGUUUGGUGGCGCAAGGAGAAGAUUGAGAUUGGUUACUGCGGCCUUGGAAAAUCGACUUGGUCGUUGACUGAAACCAAUGUGCCAGAAUGGGCUAACGCUUUGGAGCCGCGUUGCGAACCAUGCCCACCUCAUGCAUUCUGCUACCCUGAAUUUGAGGCUCGCUGUGAGCAUGACUUCAUUCUCAAGCCUCACCCCCUCUCCUUGGGCGGCCUAUUCCCUCUACCACCAACAUGCGAACCCGAUAGUGAGAAGGCGCGUCGUGUUAAGGCGGUUGCAGAUAAGGCCGUGGAGGAGCUUCGUGGCCGAAGAGCCAAGUGGGAGUGCGGUCAAUUGAAGGAAGAUGGCAAAGAUGCCAAAUCUCCCGACAUUACAGAGUCCGAGCUGAAGGAAGAAGUUGCCAAAAAGCGCCGGAAGCGCCUGAGCGAUAGUGAAUUUGACGAUCUCUGGAAGGGCGCGAUUGGCGAAAUUCUUGGGAAGGAAGAGGUUAUAAGCAACACUCAACAGCCUUCCGCCGUCCUCGUCCUCAGCUCAACAUCUACUGCCCGACUCCCACUCACCUGUGCCGUCCGCCGCUACGUCCGACUCGCUCUCCUCGCGUAUCGACUACCUCUUUCACUUCUAGUCCUGGCUACUUGUACUGUUGCUUAUGCUAGAGCUCGCGUUCUCGCGCGCCGCUCUGAUAUCGCCCGUGUGCCUGAGCUAGUCGCCACGACGCUUGACCGUCUUGUGACGCAGGCCGCGCUCCACGCCCGCGGUGGUGCCCGAGAGCCGUACAUCCCCAUCGGCCAGCUACGUGAUGACGUGUUGCGUUCCGAAUUGCAUGGCAAGCGGCGUGAAGAACUGUGGAACAGAGUUCGCCGCGUUGUCGAAGGAAAUGCCAACGUCCGAGCUGCGGUUCGCGAAGGCCGCAGUGGUGAUGUGUCCCGUUGCUGGGAAUGGAUCGGUGGUAUCAGCAGCGUCGGGGCCGCUAGUCCUGGUGGUGGCGAACUUGAUAGCAGUGUCCGCCGUGAUAGUGGACGGUUUUCCAUGUCUUCACCCUUAAGUCAAGUCGAUGUAGAUCGCCAUCACAUGGUUGCUGACAAGGAUGAGUCUGCAACCAGUCCUCGACAAGCUCGCCGCUGGGACGAGGGUCGUCCGAUCUACUAA